AUGGCAGAUCUAACAAAUUUUACUGAUCUGAAAGCCAUCUCGAAAACUUUCAGAGAACUAUCUUGCUCGGCAGAAUUUACUAGAGGGCUACACAACGAACAGGUCUUUCUUUCAGUGGUGAAUAUUUUCCUAUCCAUUUCAGCAUUUCUGGGCAACACUUUGAUCCUAGUUGCUCUGCACAAGGAAACUUCACUUCAUCCACCGUCCAAACUCCUGUAUCGUAACCUAGCGAUAACUGAUCUCUGUGUUGGUAUCAUUGCAGAUCCUCUACAAGUCGCUUAUUUCAUUUCUGUGGUAAACGAAAGAUCGGAUAUUUGCGAUUACACAUUUUUGUUAACUACAUUCACAGGUUAUGUCUUAUGUUUUGUGUCUUUGCUUACGGUGACUGCAAUAAGCGUUGACAGACUGCUCGCUCUGUUGCUGGGGCUCAGAUACAGACAGGAUGUCACUCUAACAAGAGCGUUUGUAACUGUGAUAGUCUUCUGGAUUUUUUCUAUUGUUGGCUCAUCUGCUUCUUUUUGGAAUCCUCUUAUAACAACGUGGUAUCAAUACAUAGUAACAGCUGUGUGUCUCGUCACCACAUUUUUCUCUUACACCAAAAUUUUCAGCACCCUCAUUUAUAACCAAGUUCAUGUUCAAGAUCACGUUUCUCAAGAACAACCGAGCCAAGCAAUUCCACUGAACAUAGCGCGAUACAGAAGGGCAGUGUACAGUGCAAUGUGGGUGCAGGUAGCAUUGGUUGUUUGCUAUCUGCCGUUUUUUAUAAGCGCAGCCUUAAUACCUCAAAGAGGGAUGUCCCUAUCGGAUUUCCGUGCGUGGAUAUUUACAGCGACUUUAGUUUACUUCAACUCCUCCUUGAAUCCACUGCUUUAUUAUUGGCAGAUUGGAGAAGUAAGACAGGCCGUUAAAGGCACAAUUAGAGAACUUUUAGGUCGAUUUCAAUUUCUGUGGAUCUAAGUCCCAUUUUCUUCGUUUUGGCAUCGAAUGCGUCGACUAAAAACUUCAUAAACUAAAAUGCACGAUAACGAAUGUUUUCUAAAACCUUCUCGAAAGUGGAGUCUUUUGAAAACGAAUCGAAGGGCUUCUGAGGUUUUCGAACACGCAUUUAACAUGCAGUGUGUACAUAGCUUAAUAUCGAAUCUUAGUCCUUAAGAAAAGGACAACUGGCUCUGAUGAAGCGUUUAUAAGAUAUUGUUUUGUUACCUAUAUAAUAUUGCCUCAAAGCUUACCUUUUAGUUAAAAGGAACAAAAUCCGUCUCGGUUCAGUGUCUUUUUUUCUCACCCUACACGAUGACGGUAAUAGUAUUGUUGACGUACAGUAUCAGGGGCACCCAACGGCAAUUUUCGGGAAAAUAUCUGUUCGGAAGACGAUUUGAGAUCUAGAAUUUUCGGAGCAUUUGUUGUAAAAUUUCUUGCUUGCCUGCCUCUCCUAGGAUUUUCGAACAUCUACAAAAUGGUAUAAUUACCCAUUUUUAAUGGAUUUUGACCCUAAAAAAGGCCACCUAGAAUUUUCGGGAGCCUUUUCCUGGCUGAAAUUUUCGAGAAGGUAAGUUUUUAUCCCUAUAAUUUUCGGAUCACUAGACUUUCAGCUAGGAAAUCCGAACAGACGAAAAGUUUUUAGGGGAUAAAAAUAUGCUUAUAUCUACCGUUUAAAUACUAAAAUACGUUUAACAAUGCUAUGUUUAAGUGGUUUUGAACUAUAUUCUCGUUGGGUGCCCCUGCAGUAUUAAAAGUUGUGAUGAGUUUUCAAUAUUAUGCUUUCAUUUGCAUGAAAUAAAAAGGAAAACAACGCUGCAAUAACAAAGAGGAUAUGGGGAUUUUCUGUGUGGUGAAAAUUUCCGCAGAACAUUAAAUAAAUCACGCUGAAAGUAUUGUGUGUUUUAUUAAACAUGACGGGUUUGUUUUACUAAAACGGUUCUAAACAGCUGCUUCUACAUUUAAUUUUAAAAUUGUGCGUUAUAUACAAAAGAACUGUCGAACAAGAAAAACAAGUAAACUAAUCUCAGUCUUCUCAGUUGGACACGAAGUAGAAGCUGUAUCUCACUAUAAACGGACGAAGAGGUGGAUGUACAUUGGUAUAUCAGUGAGCUAAAAUCACUAAAUGUGAGCCAGAUUGGACGCUACUUGUUCUGAGGUCCAUUACUAAUUAAAAAAAUUGGAUAUUAAUCCACUGGGUUGACAGGUAAGUAAAGGGGCAACCCGUCAAGCAUUGAAAAGUGAGUUACACGUUUUGAGCACUGGCUCUUCGUCAGGGUGGCCCAUGUAGCCCAUCAAAGAUAAUUAAUAUUGAGGCUCUGUUUCUUGAAAAUAUACUUCACAUUGAAGAAUUCAAAAUUAAAUUUUAAAUUACCUGAAAUGCAAGGAAAAUAUACAUAACAAAACAAAUUUUAAGGAAACGUCAUUAAAAGCACUGUGAUGAUAAGAAAAGUUAUGAUCGAAAUGAUGAAAAUUUCUUGUUAGGCGGCAUAAAGUCCGUAUACUUUCUGCCUGCAGCAUUAGCUACACUGAAACCGGAGUUCAUUGAUAAUUUUCGCGCCACGAAAAAAAAAAGAUCUUUCUUCCAUAUAUCGUUUACUUAUUAUUGCACGAGGUUUAAGAAUUACUAAGAUAAAGAAUUAGCUACACCUGAAAGCGGAGCUCCUGUGUUAAAUACCAAUGCCUCUGUUUAGGUUCACCUGACUGCGCCUGUGUUAAACGGACUCUAAGAGUAGACACUCCUCCUCCUCGGCUCCUCUUGGAACUCCACAAUUUUUCAGCUUUUGAAGACUGCGGCAAGAUGUGAUCAAAGAGAUGACGCUUUUCUAUUCUCUUACUACUCUAAGCAAUUUUCACUAUCAUAGUAAUCUAGUCAAUAUAUGGUCACUUUAAUCAGCUAGGGCUGUAAUCAGUAUCAUGUAGGGCCAAAAACAUGCUUAUUACUUUACGGCAUCAAAUAUCGAUAUUGCUAACAAAAAUAUUUGCUCCGCAACAAAGAUGCCCACUGUUUCACUCAACUAAUUAAUUAUGCGGUGUUCCGCAAGGUUCGAUUCUGGGCCCUCUAUGUUUAAUUUAAUUCGCCGAUAAUUAAUUUGACAGAUUGCAGAGCUAUUUUAAUUGACAUUCAAAUAUAAGUUGGCUAGAUCCAGAGUGAGUUAUGAAUUAAACGAACUACGUUAUAUCGCUGUAGUGGAUGAAAGCAUUCCGAGGCAAAUUAUCAGUUUAUACCCAGAACACCAACCACACCUUUUGCCCUAUAUUACCACGAAUGAAUUUUCCUUUGGCGAGAAAACCUGUGUCAGUAUUAUAAGCUUGUAAUCAGUUUAACUCAGGCAACAUUCAUUUUAACCGUGGCAUACCUCAUGAAGGCAUGAAACAAAUUUCAUAUCAUUAAUUAACACGUUAUAAUCACAUUUUUCAUGUAACCAGUCAUCUUUAACAACAGUAUAACGUUCAUAACUAUUUUAAUUUUAUGGGCUUCUAACACUAAAACGAGUCCAGUGAUCGACCCCCAUUAUUUUUUGUCAAAUUGUGGUAAGCGUGAUAAAUUUAUAACGCUAGGGGAGUGCUCAAAAUUGAAUUUUCAAUUAAAUAAAACUCAAAUAAGCUGGAAGCUGUUGCUAGUCAUGUAAAAGCUGGGGGCUUUGAUACACAGCGUUGUCUGUUGAUAGCUCUGACGGCUAUGCCAUGCUGAUGAGCCCUAAUAAGAGCGAAACAGCUGUCCAUGGCCGCCUCUGCCCGUGUGAUAUAGCUGUGCGCAUACGUGAGAUACCGGCUAGACCGUGGGUUGGUGUACCUGUGUCAUCACUCGCUCUUAAGUUUGUCUUAAAGGAUAAAGAAUUAGAACGGUUAAUUUAAUCAUACGAUGAUUCCUUGCGAAGCGAGGGCCGAAAAGCCUUGCGUAUGAGAGGUUUAUAACUUUUUCGAAAUGCGCAUCGAGCGUGGAACGCACCCGAUCGCUUAGAGAGGCAGAAGCCUCUUUAAAGGGAAAAUGAAAGCGAUUCGGACCAUUAGCUUCAAAAUGAGCGCAAAAUUCGAGGUAAGAGAACAUUUGAUUUGCGUGGGUCUUUAUUCUGCGCAGACGAGUUUCAUAGGCUAAAUUGGCCACAUUUUCUUCAAAUUCGAUGAAGUGCGUUAGCUUUUUACCGUAAAAACAGCCUGCUUAUUUGCCUCAAAUAUACCUUUGAAUUCAUUAUGGGGGCGGCCGCACUAGGGGACUUAACCGAGUUAUUUCCAAUUAACUAUAUAAUUAAAGUUCUAGUUUAAAAAAAACUGCGAGUGCGGCAGGGUUUUUUACAGUCUUAACCAAGUUCUAACCGGGUUAUGCAAAUCAAGCAAGAGGUAGUUUAACGCAGGUUAACGUUUUCAAUCAGUCUAUAUACUCGACCAUCUCCGCCUACGCGUGAGAAUCGUCCAAAUUUUGGCUUUACCAUGCACGCAAGCACAACAGUUUCGAAAAAUUACAUAUUUAGCUCCAAGUUCAGCUAUUCCUUUUUAACACAAUUGAGUUAAGACUUUUAAGAAGUCGAUCUCUUCUUAUCAGUAAUGCGGGGUCAAAUUUUGUCAGUCACUAUGAGGCGAGUGUUAUGAGCGACCCAAGCGAGUGAAAAAACAAAACCGCGCGACAUUGAAUGAUUGAGUUCGGCCGCUGAAAAAAAAUAACCCGGUUACGUUCUGAAAACUGUUUUAGUUUUUCAAAACCUAAUACGGUUAACUUGCCAAGUGCAGCCGCAGCCAAAUAUUUUUAAUAUAUAAUAUAAUAUUUUUGCCCCUAAAUGUAUGUUUGCUGACAUGGCGCAGUGGCUUUGGCCGCUUAAUUAACACAGGUGGCUGUAAUGCUAAUAGCUUAUUAGCCAAGAGGCGCUUCACUCACGCAAACGAAAAUACAAUCUCACUCUUACAGGCGAUGUUAUGUCAAAGAAGCCCUAAUAUAACCUGAUUUAUCUGUUUUCUCAACAAGACGCUAUGAAACUGUAACUUUCAAGGAGCAAUACCGUAACGUUCACCAUCAAUUGCCGUCUACUCCUAGAUCUACUUCCGGUGCUUAUAAUAGGCUCCUUACUGUCUAAAUAACGACGACAGCGACAUCAAUGAGAACGGAGCACUUGGAAGUUUGGAGAAUAGAGGCUAGAGUUGCUCUCGGUCGAGCCUCAAGCAAUUCUUAUUACUAUAUCUUUCGUGCUCUCCAAACUCGCCGCGUGCUUUAUAGUACUCGACAAUUACGCACGCUGACGCAUGAACCAUUUGUUAAAAAAAACAUUUCUGAGGGUUUCUGAUCAUAAUAAUUAAAAAGCAAUUUCGCAGUAGAAAAGUGAAUUAUUCCUACACUCCAAGCAAUCAAUUCGAAUUGAUUAGCGUAUUCUAUAAAAGCACGGAUAAAUAUUCGUUGAAUAUACAGCUCAGUUGCACGCAGUUGCAUUACAGCGAAGAUAAGGGAUGGCAGAGCUCACAAAUUUUACCGAAGACAACAGCCUGAAAACGCUCAGUGAACUACGUUGCAAGGCAGAAUUUACGGGAAAAGUACACAGCGAGCUUAUCUUUCUUUCAGUGCUAAAUACUUUUCUGUCCAUUACCGCAUUUCUGGAGAACACACUGAUCCUAGUUGCCCUGCACAAGGACACUUCGCUUCAUCCGCCGUCCAAACUCCUUUUUCGCAACCUUGCGAUAACUGAUCUCUUCGUUGGUAUCACUGCAGAGCCCUUGUACGUUGUGUACCUGAUGUCUGAAGUAAGAGAGAGGUGGGAUGUUUGCUUUUAUGUACUAUUGUCUGGUUUAAGUGCAAGCUAUAUUUUGUGUUCAGUGUCCUUUUUGACAAUGACGGCAAUAAGCGUGGACAGACUUCUCGCUUUGUCGAUGGGGCUCAGAUACAGACAAGUUGUAACUUUUAAAAGAACUUGUAUAACUUUAAUUGGCUUGUGGAUCUGUUCCAUCGUCGGCGCAUCAUCAUGGUUUUUUAAUCCUGUUAUAACCGCAUGGUAUCAAUACAUAGGCACAGCUCUCUGCCUUUUCAUCACAUUUUUCGCUUACACAAAAAUUUUCUUCAUCCUUCGCCACAACCGAAUUCAUGUUCAAACCUCCACUUUCCAAAGGCAACUAAACCAAGCAAUUCCAAUGAACAUAGCUCGAUACAGAAAGGCAGUGUACAGUGCACUGUGGGUGCAGGUAACAUUGGUUGUUUGUUAUCUUCCAGCGGCUAUAGUGGUAGCUUUAACGCCCCAAAGAGGAAUCUCUACAUCCACGUACCUCAAUAAGCAAUUUACAAUUUCCUUGGUUUUCUUAAACUCGUCAUUAAACCCCUUGCUGUACUGUUGGAAGAUCAGAGAAGUAAGGCAAGCUGUGAAAGAAACAUUGAGAGGGCUUCGCUGUUCUUCGAAUUAG